AUGAACGAACCUGCACCAGAGUCCGUCCUCGACGAACGUCGUGUCGGGUCCGGGCCGAUCGGCCUGCGUGUAGCAGUACCCCAGGCAUCCACGAGCGCCACUGCGCCUCUCAAGCGGAGGGCAUCGGAGGCAUUUGAGGACGCCUCAAAUGACGAGACGAAGCACAAGAAACCGAAGGAAACGAAUGAGAAAUUGGUGGGAGAAAGCGAGGAGGGUAGCAGAGCGAGCGUGGACGGCGGUGCGCUCUCGGACAAUCUGGAGGAGGAGUUGCAGUGUGGGUGUUGCUCGGCGAUCGUGUACAGGCCGGUGGUGGUGAAUCCGUGCCAGCAUUUCUUUUGCGGAAGUUGUCUUAUGCUUUGGAUCAAGAACGGUGGUACCAGUUGCCCAGCAUGCAGGACAGUAUCUUCGAACGUAUCGUUUUCCAGGCCACUAGAGAAGGUCGUCGAUACGCUUCUGCGGCAUGCGCCAGGCAAAGCCCGGUCGGCCUCCGAACGUAUGCAAGCUGACGCCAUAUACCACCCUGGCGUGCAUAUCCGGAUUCCGAGUCCCAGACAAGCUUCGCCUGAGCCAUCCCUGUCCAGUGUAAACGGCAUGUACGUUCGACCCUGCCCGAACUGCAUCCCCGGAAACCAAUGGGGUUGGAGGUGUCCUCAACCCAUCGUCGACCCUGAUGUGGACCCGACUAACGCGUGGCCUAUCGACGAAGGCAGUCCUCCUGGGCACGGUGUUUGUGGAAAUUGCGAGAAUAUACUUGCCCUGCAAGCUCCUACGACAACCCGAUGCGAUUUCUGUCAGGUCUCGUUCUGCGGCAUUAACGUGCCUAUACGGUGCAUAGCGGGGCCAAUUCAGAACGCGCAACCUCACGGUCUGACAGACUUGAGCGACCUCAUCCAGUGCGGUGAAGUAUAUGAAUGUUUUGAAGGCAACACAGUCGAGGUCGAUAUCAUGCUGGACUAUCUGAGCGCGCAAGGUCUCACCCCCAAGCACAUCUACCGAGAGAUUAUCCAGCAUAUUCAAAAUCAACCCCGCCAGUUCGCGCCCCUCAUCGAGCUCGAGCUGUUUAUGGAUGUUCACUCUACAUCGGGUGGUGUUGAUCCCGAUCCUAGCGCGCCGCGUUCGAGGAUCUGUAGAGUGUGCGCGGCUGAGAUCCUCCUGUAUGGGCUGCGUGAUUGGUGGGUUCGUGAGCGCAAGAAGGGCUUCCUCGAGCGCCAUGUUCUGGCACGGCCGGAUUGCCCUGAGGGGAGCCAAUGCCCGAGACAGAAGCUUCACGGUCCGUAUCAUUCGCUAUCAUCGUCGCAGACGUUGGCUGGGUGCUGA